UUCAGUACUUUGGAAGAAUGGUGGUUCACAGUCAAAACUGAUUGAGUUUAAAAACACCCAAAUGAGACUGCAGACACUAUUGCCAAAUAUGUGAAAGAAACCCUAGAUAAACAUGGGCUCACUAAAAAGUGUGUGGCAUUUACAGGUGACAACUGCAAUACAAUGCUUGGAGGACUCAAGCGUAACGAAGAAGGGAAUAAUGUGUUUGCAAAUCUGAAGAUGUUGGAAAAGUCAUUGAUUGGAGUAGGUUGCCCAGCACAUAUUCUGAAUAACUGUGUUCAUCAUGGAGCAGAAAGAAUGGAUAUUGAUAUUGAAAAUAUUAUCAAUAAGAUUUAUCAGUAUUUUCAUAUCUACACAGUUCGCUCUGAAAAACUAAAGGAGUAUUGUGAAUUUGCUGAGGUUGAGUACAGGAAACUUCUCUCUCAUAGUAAGGGUCGUGUAAUGUGUGGGACUGAAUGAAUAGAAGAAUGAGAUGGAAAGAAAGAAGAUCCUGGAAUGGUACAAGGAGAAAGAGGCCCCGAGGUAUGAAAGGUGGUAUGAUGGAAGCCUGGGCGGUGAUUCUCUUCCGAGCGAGGGCACAGUGUAUGGAUGUGAAUGCAAGGAGUUGCAGGUGGUCUGAGUCCCGCAGCAAAGUGUGCCAGAUGUGUGACAUGGGAGAGGAUGAGACGGUGGAACAUGUGGUGCUGGAGUGUGUGAAGUAUGCCAGAGACAGGAAUGAGAUGAUGCAAGUGAUACUGACUGAGUUAGGGCAUGAUAGGAAUGAAAAAGUGGAGAAGACGGGAAAGGAAUGGAUGGUGUUGUAGAGAGGCGAAUGAAAGGAUGAUUGAGGCGGUGAAAGAGUUUCUGGAGAGAAUGUGGCGUGCCAGAUGUAUGAACAAUUAGGAUAGAGGAUGCUGUUGGUUUCUCUCUCUUUUUUUUUUUUCCCUCUUCUACAGGAGUUGCCGAUCCAAAGGCCUGUACCACCUGAUGAUUGAGGCGGUGAAAGAGUUUCUGGAGAGAAUGUGGCGUGCCAGGUGUAUGAACAAUUAGGAUAGAGGAUGCUGUUCGUUUCUCUUUUUUUUUCCCCCUUUCUACAGGAGUUGCCGAUCCAAAGGCCUGGCUCAGGAGUGAUCCUGUGCCACCUGUACCAUCAAGAUCAAGAUCAAGACCAUCAAGAUCAAGAUCAAGAUCAUGACGCAUUUGUUUGUGUUUGGCGUGGACCUGCCAGAGCCAAGGGUUAUCCAUGUGCGAUUGUUACCGCUGUGUACUGUUCGUGCUAACUCCACUCUCCAGCGCAUCUUUCAAGCAACUCCCAGAUAUACAGACGGUGAAAGAUGCCUGAAGAUCAAAAUAAAAAAAAUGAAGAGGACCCAACAGAGAUUGAUGAUGACAACAAGAAGGUUGCUGUUAUUACAAAAAAGAAGAAAGUUUUCCGUCCAAAGAGUAGUGUAGUUAAAGGUGUGCCCCCAGAGCUGGAAAAUGACCCUAAACUAAAGCUGGCAGUUGAAGUAUUACCUCAAAAUUACAAUUUUGAAAUACCGAAGACAAUCUGGAGAAUUCAGCAAGCUAAUGCCAAACAUGUUGCACUCCAAUUUCCUGAAGGUCUGUUGAUAUUUGCCACAGCAAUUGCAGACAUCUUGGAAUCUUGGACUGGAGCUGAAGUCACAAUAAUGGGAGAUGUGACAUAUGGGGCAUGUUGUAUUGAUGACUUCACAGCACGAGCCAUUGGAGCUGACUUCAUGGUCCACUAUGGCCACUCGUGUUUGGUGCCCAUUGACCAGAUAGGCUCCAUCCCAUGCCUCUAUGUGUUUGUUGACAUUCAGUUUGACACAGUUCAUCUGGUGGAUGCCAUCAAGUCUGUCUUCCCAACAACUGAACCAUUGGCACUGGUGUCAAUAAUUCAGUUUGUCAGUUCUCUACAGAAGGUUGCCCAGGAGCUGAGGGACUGUGGGUAUAUAGUGUGUGUGCCACAGUGUCGCCCACUGUCCCCAGGUGAAAUCCUUGGCUGCACCUCAGCCCCAGUGCCUCCUGGACACACCAUUAUAUGUCUUGGUGACGGCCGCUUCCACCUUGAGUCCAUCAUGAUCUCAAACCCAGAAUUAUCAACUUAUUUAUACAACCCCUACAGUAAAGUUUUGUCUAGAGAGUAUUAUGACCAACCAUUAAUGAAAAAGAUCCGCAAGGAAGCCAUUGAUAAAGCAAGCAAGGCUGAAAAAUGGGGCCUGAUCCUCGGUACUCUUGGGAGACAGGGGAGCACCAGAGUCAUGGAAAACUUGCAGAAACAGUUGUCAGCAGCCAAGAAGAGUUUUGUUGUGGUUUUGUUGUCUGAAAUAUUUCCUGCCAAACUGGCUACCAUGAGCAGUGUGGAGGCCUGGGUGCAGGUAGCCUGUCCCCGCCUCUCCAUAGACUGGGGUGCCUCUUUCCCCAAGCCACUGCUGAACCCCUAUGAAGCAUCAGUGGCCCUCAGACAUGCUGAGUGGGACACUAAAUCCUAUCCCAUGGAUUUUUAUGCCCAUGAGAGCUUAGGAAACUGGACACCAAACCAUAAGCCUCCGUGUCCGUGUGGCAAGACUCGCAGCACAGGAUGUAAAGGGGUAAGGUGUAUGGCAGUGAGAUAGUUAGUGUGUUAUUUGGUCAGGAAACUGGCUUUCUUCCUUCUUAGAAGUAUACUGAUGAGUGUAACUUCUCACUCAGGGUUCUCUUUGGUUGUAGGAUUGUAGGCUGAAUUUUAUUUCAGUGUAGUUUUUUUUUUUUUUUUUUUUUUUUCCCCUGUUUAGUAUAUUUUUAUGUGGAAACUGCUUUCAGUCUAAAUCCGUAAACCAGCCUGUGCUGGCUGUGAAGAGAUGUUUUUCACUCUCUUCAUGUGACUGCAGGUGUUCAUAAGUCUAAGUGAGUUUUUCCACAUGCUUAUAGUCUUUGAUGACCACUGACUUCUUGGAUUAGCUUAACUUUAAUGAAUGGUCAGCUUUGACAGUGAAGUGAUAUUUUGUGAUGCUUGCACUCUUUAGAUGAUUGAGUUAAGCUUUAAUUUAUAUACUAGAGUGUGAUGAGGACACAUGAGUUCAGUAUUGACUUAUUUCUUGGAGGCAAGUCAUAUUUAACUGGGUGAGUGUUCACUUACUGAGCAAAGCUCAUUACAUGAAUCCACUUUGUGGGUUGCUUAGUGUUGGAGGGAAGUCAUGGCAGUCUUGUCUCAUGUAUAUAUACUGAUUAGGUGGAAAUUCAUCUAUUGUGUAAGGUUGCCAAGAAUUAAAGGUAUGGUGCCGUGGCUCUUUGUGCAAAUUGCUCCGUUGUAUAUAAUAAACACAUGUUCAACA